AUGGGCGUCCCGGAGGCAAUAGGAACUAUAUGCGACCCGCAUAAACAUCGCAUUCUGCGCCGUCGAGUGAAUCCGCUUUUUAGCCAACAGGCUAUUAAUCAAAUGGCUGGAGAUAUUCAGGAAACAAUCACACGUGCCUGCGACUUGGUUUCAGAAAAGUUUGAUGCUCAGAGUUUCUUCCGUGCGAUCGCAGGAGAUGUCCUCUCUACACACUAUUUCGGAGAGAACAUGAACCUGGUCAACAGACCCGAGUAUGCGCAAAAGCUCUGGCACGGAAUCGACUUCAUGAUCGGCCAGAUAUGGUACUUGAUUCAUAUCCCAUAUCUCUCUAGCAUUGUAAUGAAGAUGCCGAACGUUUUUGUCAAGAUCUCGCUUCCAGGAUUUGCGGGUCUGAUAGAGUUGUGCAUGCGACAAGCCAAAAAAGCCAUUCAACGGAGUAAAGCAAACUCCACUUCUCUCAAAACCCCCCACAACGCCACAUUCUUCGAUCUACUGAUGACACCAUCCCAGGGACAAGAAUCAGUUCACAUCAGCCAAACUGAUAUGUUGAACCAUGGCCUGAACCUUGUUGCCGCAGGAGUAGACACAGUGUCAAUUACCAUGACAGUCGCGCUGUAUCACAUCCUCGCAUCCCCGGAGAUUCAACGUCAGGUGUACUCCGAGACACGAGACGCAACGCCUUUCAUCCGAGACGAGCUUGAUUCACAACGAGUUCGGAAACUGCCUUAUCUAGCGGCCGUUAUCAAAGAAACUCUGCGCAUGUAUCCCCCAGUCCCAGGUAGACUGCCACGCGUUGUCCCGCCACAGGGCGAAUCCUAUAAGGGGAAGUUCAUACCGGGUGGUACAAUUGUCUCGAUAAUGCCAUACACCAUCCACCGAGAUCCGGCAUUAUUCCCAGAGCCGAACGUCUUCAAGCCCGAGCGAUGGCUAGGCGAGAACACUCUUGAGCUGGAAAGAGCUCUUAUAUCCUUCAGUGCCGGAAAUCGCAUGUGUCCCGGGAUCCAUCUCGCGUAUCUUGAGAUACAGAUGGCUCUCGCGACGCUCUUUAGUCGAUUCGCCCUUGAACUUGACAGUCCGCUUCCGAAGCAAGAGCUGGAUUGGAGCGAUCUAUUCGCUCUUGAUCUUGACUAUCCAAUCAAGGUUAGGGUGUUGGCUGACCACUGGAAGAUGAGUGACGAUGGUGGCACAGACAUGCGUGUUAUUGAGUAA